AUGACUGGAGGCGGCAAGUCCGGCGGCAAGGCUAGCGGUUCCAAGAACGCGCAAUCCCGUUCUUCCAAGGCUGGUCUCGCUUUCCCCGUCGGUCGUGUCCAUCGUCUCCUCCGCAAGGGCAACUACGCCCAGCGUGUUGGUGCCGGCGCUCCCGUCUACCUCGCUGCUGUUCUCGAGUACCUCGCUGCCGAAAUUCUUGAGCUUGCCGGCAACGCUGCUCGCGACAACAAGAAGACUCGUAUCAUUCCCCGUCACCUUCAGCUCGCCAUCCGCAACGAUGAGGAGUUGAACAAGCUUCUUGGCCACGUCACCAUCGCCCAGGGUGGUGUUCUCCCCAACAUUCACCAAAAUCUCCUUCCUAAGAAGACCGGCAAGACUGGCAAGAACGCGAGUCAAGAACUUUAA